AUGCCUGUUCUCUAUCUGUCUAUACUCCUUAUCCAAGAAGUUUACAGCAAUCACAUAGACACUUAUAUCCUCUCACCCAUCAUGAGAUUGUCUGGACUCAUUCCUAUCCUCGCUGCCUCUACUGCAGUGGCAUCGGAUCUUGCGAACCACGGCCCCACGGCCUCUUCGAGAAACAUCGACGAGUCACUUCCGGCUAGCGACAUAAAUCAACCCUUAGAGCUCCGCGGUGCACAGGGAGAACCUCUUAGGCCAAUCAAGAAGGGGACAGCCGUCGCAAAGGGACUAUGCCUUUACAGCGUAGAGGAGCUCCAGACGGGGCCGGUUAUCUUUUUUUCUCCUUACACCCUAGAUCAGCUCAUCGUCGCUAAAGAGAGACUCGAGAGGGAGGGUGAUUGCCAAGUCUUUCAUACCUCCAGCAUAAACGCCCUCAGCACGCGCUCUGGCGGGAUCCUCGAGGCCGACAGAAAUGCGCCCAGAUGCGUCAACGCCAUUCUGCCAAGUCCAAGUCCAACCCCAGGAGACGCCGAGGUUUCGCCUGAUAACUCUAACAAGUCGUCCGCCACGACACGGCACGUCUCGGUAUUUUCCCUUGCCAUAGCAUUCACCGCCUUAAUCGCCUUAUAG